AUGGUGAUGGGCAAUUUCGGCAUAGCUUUCAGCGACGUGGUCGUGGAUGGGUUGGUGGUGGAAAAGGCACGGGAUGAUCCGAAGCUGAUGGGCGGCCUUCAAUCUUUCAGCUGGGCCUGUCGAGGCUUUGGGGCCAUCCUGUCAGCGUAUUUCAGUGGAGCUCUGUUGGAAAUGAUCGGAGUUCAGAAAGUCUUCGCCGUGACAGCGCUGCUGCCGCUGCUCGUCAUUGUUGCCGCGGUGCUGAUUCGAGAGCCGGCUCAACCGAGUCCUGGUAGCAGCUACUCCCUUGACUGGGACGAGGCGAAGCAGCUCGGCCAACAGGUGUGGGAGGUGAUUCGAUCACCGGAGGUCUUCCCUGCCGUUUGCUUCAUCCUGGCAUGGCAGGCCACUCCGACAGCGGGCUCAGCGACGUUCUACUUCUACACCAACGAGCUCCACUUCAAUCCAGAAUUCUUGGGGCGCUCUCAGCUCGUGGGUUCACUGGCAAGUUUGGCUGGCAUCGUUCUAUACAACCGUGUUUUCUCUUCCGUGCCGAUCAAGGACUACUUGUCGCGGAUACAGGUGACAGCUGUCACGCUCGGAUUUCUGCCAAUCCUCUUGGCUACCCGCGCCAAUCUAGCCCUGAACAUCCCGGACCAGAUGUUUGUGCUCGGCGACUGGCCUGCAACACACGGAGAGCCAUACCACUACUCUGACUUCUCUGUGAUGCCCCAGCAGUCCGUCAUGCAUACAUCGAAAGGCGACGAUGUCAUCCAAACGGUUAGGCGGUCAAGCUACAACCACGCCUUGAACGCUGCUCCCAAUGAGGAGCUCGCUCACAUGCCCAUCCUGGUGCUUGCCGCGCAGCUGUGCCCGCGUGGAAUCGAGGCGACACUCUUUGCGCCAGCAGCUCAGAUGUGUUCGGUGAAGUUGCUCAUGUGCGCCAUCAACGACGUUCGACGUGCUGCCACGCAAU